AUGCCAAACAAUCUGUACCAGCACUGGCAGCUGGUGCAAGCAGGACCAGCGACAGCAGCAGAUGCAAGCAACUGGCGGAACAAUGCUGCAGAAAUAACUGUUCAACCAACUGUGGAAGAGGCCUCUGACAACUGCACUCAAGAAUGUCUCAUCUUGGGCCAUUCUGAUGCCUGCUGGAUGCCAGCUUCUCUGACCCACGCCAGCCCUUCACACACACAGGCCUCUACUCUAUGCCACAGCCCACCCCUGACACCAGCCUCUGCUCGCCGCCGCAGCCCUCCAGUGACACAGACCAUUGCUAUUUGCCAUAGCCCUCCAGUUACCCAGGUUAUGGCACUGUGCCAUAGCCCUCCACCAACACAGGUCUCUGCUCUCCAACACAGUCCUCCUCUAGCACAGGCUACUGCUCUUCCCCAUAGCCCUCCACCAGCACAGGUUGCUGUAAUCCACCACAGCCCUCCUCUGCCACAGGCUGCUGCCCACCAUCACAGCCCUGCGCGGCCACCAAUGGGUUUGCAGCAAGGUUGGGGGCAAGAGGCUGGACCUGAAGGACUACUGUCUCUUGAUCACGGAGUGCAAGUUAGUACAAGAUCUCAGUUUUAUACUAUGUCUGAAAGGAUUCAUCCUAGUGAUGAUUCAGUUAAAGUCAUUUCUUUGAAAACCUUCACUCCAGGCCAAAAGGCUAGAGCCUCUAGGGAUGAUUCUCCCAUUAUGGAAGAACAUCCCUUGUAAAGCUACAAUGGCUAAUUUACAUUUUUCAACAAAAUGUAUACAAUCAAAAUUUAAGAUCCAAUUUCAAUGAAUAUUCCAAAUUGUUAGGUUUGUAAAUAGCUAUGUAAAUAGACACAGAUACCAGAAUAGACUCUAGAG